AUGUCACUUGAAUUAUCUUAUCCAGUCACUUUACCCGACGGCCAGAAAUUCGAUCAACCUUCAGGUUUGUUCAUCAACAACGAAUUCGUCAAGUCUAAAGCGGGCAAGACCUUGGACUCGAUCAACCCGUCCACGGGCGAAGUCAACGGCUCCGUCUAUGCAGCCGAGAAGGAAGACAUCGACGUGGCGGUGGCUGCCGCCAAGCAAGCCUUGCCAGGAUGGAAAAAGAACUUUACUGGUGUCCAGCGUGGAAUCAUGUUGAACAAGAUUGCCGACAAGUUGCAGGAGCAGCGCGACUUGUUGGGGGCCAUGGAAGCUUGGGACUCGGGCAAGAACAAGGACAACAAUGCCGUUUUCGACAUUGAUGAGUGCAUCUCGACCUUUAGAUACUAUGCAGGCUGGGCCGACAAGAUUACCGGAAGAUUAAUUCAAAACGACCCCAAGAAGUUGGCUUAUACUGUCCACGAGCCCAUUGGGGUUGUAGGCCAGAUUGUUCCUUGGAACUACCCGCUUGCCAUGUCUGCGUGGAAGUUGGCGCCUGCUUUAGCUGCUGGCAACUGUGUUGUCUUGAAAACUUCGGAAAUCACGCCGCUUUCCAUGUUGUACGUGGCCCAGUUUUUCAAAGAGGUUGGUUUCCCUGCUGGUGUGGUUAACAUUGUCUCGGGUUAUGGUGCCACUGCCGGCUCGGCCUUGUGUGUUCACCCAGACGUGGCCAAGAUUGCAUUUACUGGAUCGACUGCUACUGGUAAGUUGAUUGCCAAGAUGGCUGCCGACACUAUGAAGUUGGUGACUUUGGAAUGCGGUGGUAAGUCGCCCUUGAUCAUUAGACAAGAUGCCGACUUGGAGCAAGCUGUCAAGUGGGCUGCCGUUGGUAUCAUGUCGAACCAAGGCCAAGUUUGUUGUUCAACUUCAAGAAUAUAUGCUCACGAGUCGAUUUACGAGCAGUUUUUGCAAGAUCUUGCUGCUCACGUUGCCAAAGAAUACAAGCAAGGCACAGUUUUCGAGCCCGACUGUGUUGUUGGACCACAGGUGUCCAGGCUCCAGCGCGACAAAGUGUUCAACUAUAUCGAAAUUGGUCGAUCCGAAGGAGCAAGAGUCGUGUUGGGCGGAGAGAAGAAUGAACAGGGCGACUUGUCCAAGGGCUUCUUCAUCAAGCCCACCAUCUUUGCCGACGUGAAGCCGGAAAUGAGGAUUGUGCAAGAGGAAAUCUUUGGUCCUGUGGUUAGUGUUGGCAAGUUUUCCACCGACGACGAGGCAAUCGAGUUGGCCAACGGCACUUCGUACGGCUUGGGUUCCGCGAUUUUCACCAGAGACAUAGAAAAGGCACACGUCAUGGCGGGCGAGAUCGAGGCUGGUAUGGUCUGGAUCAACUCCUCCAACGAUUCCGACGUGCGUAUACCAUUUGGUGGGGUCAAGAUGUCUGGUGUCGGCAGAGAGUUGGGUGAGUACGGGUUGUCCAUGUACACACAGGCCAAAGCCGUCCAUGUCAACAUCGGACUCAAGUUGUAG